CUCAGAAUAAAGAUGGCGGUGUAACUGUGAGCUGCUUCGACCGCUGUGAGCUGCUUCGCGAGCUGCUUCGACCACUGUGAGCUGCUUCGACCACUGUGAGCUGCUUCGUGAGCUGCUUCGACGUCCGAACUCUCUCGGAGUUAAAUGCCAACGUCUGAUCGAUUAAUAGGCCUAUAAGUAAUUAUUACCUUCGAUGGAUGCUGCUCUUUGGAGUUGAUAAGUCGAUGGACUACAGUUUAACACAUUGUUAUUCAUUUUCGACUUAAACGUCGCGCGUUAACAGGUUGUCAACAGAAUUCCAAAGAAUAAGUGCUUUCGGAAAAUUCCUGUAGCCUGUAAAACUCAAAGCAAGACCAGAAAAGACUGGUCUGGACUGGUCUGAACCAGCUAUGAUACCAUUUGGCCAUGCGCCAACCUGGAAUCUAUCAGGGGUCCACGGUUAUUGUAUUCUAUUCCUCCUUGCUCCCUGUCUGGGUGGAAUGUCAGUCCCUGUUGCAGUGAAAGUGAGGGAUACUGCAAUUAUCCCUUGCUACAAGACAUGUGAUGGGGAUAUUUUAUGGGCAUUAAGAACUAAAAAUGAAAAGGUGGAUGUCCUACGAUGUGUCCAAGGGAAAUGCACAGAAGAAUUCAGUUUUAAGAACAGAGUACACCUCUCCCAUGAAAAGAUAAAGUCUGGAAAACUGUCUCUAAUAAUAUCUCCUGUUCUGUACAAUGAUGAAGGCUGGUACGAAGCCAUGUGUGGUUUAAACUUACUUUGUAAAUUCCACUUGGAAGUUUUUGUACCCACUACUGUGAAUGUCUCAGUCCGAGGUAACGUCACGCUACCCUGCUACGCACGCACAGAGAAACAGAUCUCUGAUGACGCUGUGAACAUCCUAUGGAAGAAAGAUGACCAAACAGUGUUACAAAUUCAAAAAGGAAUUACGACAUAUGGCUCCGGUUUUAAAUGCAGGGCAUCAGUUUCACUACAUCAUUAUAAGGAUGGAGAUCUUUCCCUUAACAUGCUCGGGGUCAUCACAUCAGAUAAGGGAUUGUACCGGUGCUAUCACAAUACAGAUGAGGAACAUGGUUAUCCUGGUGCUGUCACACUCAAUGUUACAGCUCAUCAAAAGCUCUGUGUAAAAGAGUUUGGUGAUAAUCUCACCCUGGACCUGUUCGGCUCUGACUCUGUGACGGUAACUUUCACUGGUUCUGAUGCAAAGGAGAUCCAGGUUUGCAGUGUGACAGGAAACAACACUACAUGUUCCCUCGACUAUAAUAACAGAGUAUCUGUCAUGAAUUACUCCCUCGUGCUGAGAGGAUUAACAUCCUCUGAUGGAGGGACAUUUACUGUGAAAGACAACAUGGGUGAAGUCAUUAGCAUCAACACUGUCACUGUCAAGGGUGUGGCCUGGAACCACAGGUGUGGCCUGGCUCUGUUAGCAUUGCCUGGCUUAGUCCUUUUCAUCGGCCUGUUCGUUUGGUGUAAAUAUUAUAGAAAUCGCUCUUAUAACACCAGAGAGUCUGCUGUGGUUAUAGGGUCACCACAGAGAGAGUCUGCAUAUAUUGGAUUGCCACAACAAGAAACCAACCCACAUAUCUCAGGGGAUCUUGAAGAUUAUCCAGACCUACCUGUAGAGGAGACCAUGCCUGUGAUAUUGACCACUGAGAAGCAGGACAACAUUGAUGAGGAACAAUCUAUGUUACCUCAUUAAUAAGAAUGAAAGAAAUUAUAUGGAGCAUUGUUUUUUAAUUAGUUUAAAAGUCCAGUCUGAAUGAAAAUGCUCCAUGUAAACACCUCAAUCAGAAUAAAAAUGCCCAAACCAAUUGAAAUUUCAAUUGGGUUACUUGCUCAGAAUUCUCGUCAGUACACAUUUAGUUUUGGGCACGGGAAUGGCCAUUUUUACUACUUAAUUAAUAUAAGCAUAAUGCUUAUAUGUGCUUGUCAUCUCCUAACUACCCAAAAAAGAAAUAUUAAGUCUGCUGUUUAAAACGAAGAAAAGGAGAAUGGUUAGUAUGCAAAACAUUGGGGAACUCUGUAUAUUAAUGCAGUGUGAGCAUGUCAAAAGAUUAAAUCUGAUUUGAAUCUUGGGACAUAUAAACUCGCACAUCAACCCAAUUUAUCAAUUUAUUUAAUGUUCAUGUAAGCACAAUGUUUGGAUUCAAUGAUUUCAUUCUGACUGAAACAAGGGAGCUAAUGAACUGCUUUAGUUUUCUUCUUCUGCUGUACUAUAUACUAUGCUAAUGUUUAAGGGUGCUCUUGGAGUAGCUGUACACUUGUGCCAGUGAAGUUAUUUAUUUAUUUUAAACCACAAUGUGGACCAAAGUGCUGUACAAUACAAAGGUACACAGACAUAAUUUACAGAGGGAUAGUGAAAAUGAACAAAACAAGUGAGUGUUUAGGGAACUGUGAAAUGCACUUAAUGUAAGGGAUAUUACAGAUAUUUAGACACGGAUAGCUCAUUCCAAAGCCUUGGAGCUGCUACAGAAAAUGCACAGUUACCUUUACCUUUCAGGCAAGACUGAGGGACUAUAAGACAGCUGAUAAUUUCAUUGAAGUGACCUCCAAAUUUGAUGCAGGCUAAUUACAUCAAAAACAUACUCUGGUGCUAAGCAAUCAGGCUUUGAACAUAUAACAACUCUUUGUAAUGAAUUCUGUAUUUCUAAUAAGAAAAGGAAUUACAUAUUGUUUAGCUCAGGAAUGAUUAUUUUAGUGAAAAUACAUCUGUACUACUGAUACGGCUGUUUCUGUAUUGUGCAUUUUCCCCCCUGAAAGUGCUGUUUGAAUGUACAAUCAUAAAAUGAGGAAAGUUUUUCACACCAGUUUUUAUGGUGGCUUUUUGUUACCCACAAAAUGCCUGUUGCUGGUACUGUGCUGCUCCUUUUUAAGCAUUAUUCUGCACUUUUUCUUGCUGCUAUUAUUUACAACUAUUAUUACAAUUAUUUGUUUGAACUGUAUCUUUAAAUGUCUUGUUUUAUUAACUUUUGUAUCAAAAUUCCUAUUAUGUGAAUGUGCCAUAGUGACAAAUAUACCAAACAAAUUCAAAGCAUUCAGAGAUUAAAAGGUACAGUAUAUAUAUAUAUAUAUAUAUACAUAUCUGCUAAACAAAAUGUCUUAACUGUUUUAAGAAGCCAUCCAUCCAUCCAUUGCAAUGAUCUUUUGUGAAUCCAGUAACAACAAACAUGAAGAAAUUAUGUGAAAUGUGUACUUGUUUAUUCAGGAAAAAAUAAACAA